CAAGAGUUCUGCCACUCACCAUUCUCCAUAAACAAGACAGAGAGCAAAUGAGAGAGAGGGAUUGAUGGAGGGGGAGGCAUGGAACUGAAUUAGUUAAUUGGAGUCACUGCUUCUGUAUUAUAGAUACAACCUUGUUUUUGUACUCAGACAAAGUUCUCCAGCCACUUACUGACCGUCCGUCCAACCAACCGGCCAGCUCUUGGAGACAUUUCUAUGUUGAGCCUGAAGUGAAGUUUGUGAAAAAGACUUUCUGAAGAACAAGACUUGAGAGUCCACAGCUAACGACUCUAUAAGACACCACAAUACCAAAAGGAUGAACCUUCCUGACUAUCCUGUUCCAAACUUAGAUGUCACCUUGCAAGAAGUGAGUCGUGUCCUCCAGCUCACUUUGAGUCCUGACCUUUAUCCUGAGUUCAAAAAUGUGCUGGAUCAGCAGAGGGAGCUCCUUCAAGAGGCCCAGCAGAAUUUAGCAACUAGACUUGCAGACCAGGAGAACUGGGUAACACAUCAGUUUAAGAAAAGCCUACUUUCGUGUGAUGAUCCCCUGCCAACUUCUACAGCCCUCCCUGUAGUACUUCCUCCAUCCAAAGCAAAGAAAAGCACCCAGCUGGAGAGGGCAGCUGCUCUACUAUGGGCAGCGGCAAAACUGUACUGUGAGCCCUUGCUUCUGGAGGGUGAUGUACCAAUGGAGCGCACACAGCAGUCAGAGGUAUUUGCUGCAAGUCGGAUUCCUGGAAGGACUCAAGAUCAAAUCAUGGUCUACCCUGAUAGUCUACAUGCCAUCAUCACCUGUGUUGGAGGAGUCUUCCCUGUUGACAUACUCUGGCGUCCCAGCACCGGUGGGCCAUUAACUGCGCGACCAGUCAUUGACAUCUACAACCAGCUGGCUCAGGUGAUGGAUGAACCCAGUGCAGGAAAACAGAAUGAUCCUUCAGCCAUUUGCAACCUCUCAGCUCUGGACCGUAAAACCUGGGCUGGCAUCAGGGAACAGAUCCUGGGAAAAGGAGGGGAAGCAGCAGAGUCAUUGGGGCUGAUGGAAUGUGCUGUGCUAACACUCUGCCUGGAAGACCAGAAUGCCCCCUCUGAUGUGGCUGAUAUCCUAAAUUUAGUGAGGCUCGGGGGAGGAGACAGUCCAUGUUUGAGAUACUAUGAUAAGGUGGUAAACCUGGUGGUAUUCAAGGAUGGAACCGCUGGAAUGUUAUAUGAGCACAGUGCAUUGGAUGGGAUGGUAGCUGUGCUUGUGACUGAGCGUGUAUAUAAUUUGUCUGAGACAGCCGACCUAAAACUAGUUCAGACUGCACCUGAAAAUGUGAAUGGGUCUGUCACAUCAAAUCAUUUUAAUUCUGUCUCCCCAACUUCUCUAACAUUCCCCUUGCAAGGUCUUAACAUCCCAAAAUCAAGCCCUGAUGUAAAAACAGCUCACCCAGUUCUCACUUUUGAUUUGCCCUCCUAUCCUGACGUGUUUUCUACUAUCAGAGGACAUAGAGGCUUGUAUGAUGCCUGGAUUAACUUCUCUUUGCAACUUUCUCUGAGGCAGACUCUUGGGGAAUCUGCUGCCAGUCACAUACUUGUUACACCUACUCAUAUGCGCCACUACAAACAUGGUCGGUGUGAUCCUACAUACUCAAGCACCAUGAAUUCUCAAAGCACAAGAGUCUCAUCAAAAACACUAAAAGUGGUCAUGGUAUCGCCCUCGUAUCUACGCUACUUUGGAGGUUCUGCAGACUACCUGUCUUGCUUUGCCCAAGUCGUUGGGGAACAAGAGCUGUGGGCUGUCCAUUUGGCUUUACACCCACAGGCCAGCCUGCUCAGUGUAGCACGUAAGCGCUAUGCCCAUCUGUCUGCCUCAGAAGGAGAGAUCUCUGUGGACAGCAACAUUCCCUGGGGAGUGGACUCCCUGGUCACCUUGGUAUACCUGGAUGGCAAGUACAGCCUAAAGACCUGCAACAGCCGUUUCCUCAGUAAUGACGGCAAACUGGUGAAGGAGAACACUAACGCUACAAGCUUCACUCUGGAGUUGAAAUCUGGCAAGCUGGCCUUUAAGGACUGUGAGGGGAAAUAUCUGACCCCCAUAGGUCCCACAGGAACGCUGCGUUCUGGCCGAUGCUCCAAGCCUGGAAAGGAUGAGCUGUUUGAUCUUGAGGAGAGUCACCCGCAAGUAGUUUUUCAAGCCGUCAAUAAAAGAUUUGUCUCGGUCAAGCAAGGAGUGAGUAUUUCAGCCAAUCAAGAUGCGGAGACAGACAUGGAGACCUUCCAGAUGGAGAUUGAUAAGGAGAAUAAAAAAGCUAUGUUUAGGACCAAUGGCGGAUCCUACUGGACUCUGGUCACUCACGCCGAGAUCCAGUCCACUGCCACAGAAGUAGAGAUCAACACAAUGUUUGACAUUGAGUGGCGAGGACAGAGAGUGGCACUCAAGGCGAGUAAUGGAAAAUAUGUGUGUACUAAGAAGAAUGGGCAGCUCUCAGCAGUGAGCGAUACAGUGGGCGAUGAUGAAUUAUUCCUGAUGAAACUCAUCAACCGCCCUAUGCUGAUCCUCCAUGGAGAGAACGGCUUUGUGUGUCACCAUAAGAACUCCAACACUCUCGACGCAAACCGAUCCGUCUAUGAUAUUUUCUCGCUGAUCUUCAACGACGGCGCCUACAACGUAAAAAGUGUGAACGCAAAGUUCUGGUACAUCUCGACCAGUGGCUUUGUGUGCACCGACGGAGACAAGCCAGAAGACUUUUUCCUCGAGUUCCUGGAACAUGGACGCGUUGCCAUCAAGGGUUCCAAUGGCAAAUACCUCCGUGGAGAUAAGGGAGGCACACUUAUGGGUGAUGGUACAUCUGUGGAUGCAUCUUCUCUUUGGGAGUACUGACCCGCUCAAAUGAGGGUCCUCAAUGAGGGCCGAGUGGUUGCACAACCCGCUUCCGUCAGCUUACAUGAAGUGAACUGAGUGAUGAACAUUUUCCUGCCUGUUUUUAUACUAGUUGCCAGGUGUUUGUCACUGUUUUUUUUUUUGUUUUUUUUUUUAAUUGGGAUGACGUGAAUACUAGUUUUCUUUCUGUAAAUGUUAAAUGUUUUGUCUUCCAAAUGAUCAACAUCAACAUGCCAACAACAAGCAGUGUAAUUUCACACAUUAAUGGAAUAAGAAAGUGAAUGUUCCAGUUCCUUCAGACACAUUUUGUUCGAUGUAGGUGGAGUGACAACGUUUAUCAGACACAAUAGUCAGACAGUGUAACAGUUAACAACUCACUGUGACACAUUCUUUGGUUAGUCUUUCUUAGAAUGAAUGUCUGUUAAGUUCCACAAGGCAAAUAGAUAAAAUACAGCGCUGGCAAAAUUCAACAACUAAUGAAACAUUUAGCAGACAUUAGUGAGUUGUGUUCCAACUUUUGAAUGAUUUUAAUAGUUUGGCACUGUGGAGUCAUUGGUGUAAUGCAUCAUUGUCUUCAAGAACAGAAACGGCUGAUGCCAGUGGCGUUUUCAUUUAUCUUAAAUGGACCGUACAGAGGUUUCAUAAAAGGAAAAUUACAAGCAAAAAGGAAAGUGAACUGGAGGAAAUAGACAGACAGUGUUCCAUCAGGCACCGCUGCAAUGCUGAAAAAUGUCCAGAGAGGACACAGAAAUACACAGUCAUGUAUGUAGACCAUACAUGUUCAAAACAAGCGAGAUACCAAAGGAGGCGCACAUCUAAUGUAUUUGAUGGACUUAUACAUCAUACUUAAUAUAUCAGAUGUGAAGUGAUUCUCUAGUCUUCUGCCUAGGGGCCUUAAACCAUACUGCACUCUAUAUUCCUUUAUUAUUCCUUUAUACCCUAAUCUUAUGUUUACAGUUGAGCGGUAAGGCUAAAAUAAUAUAACAUAAUGAAUGAUUGUCCAGUAAAAUAGUGAAAUGCAUAAAAAGUGAUGCAGAAACAAAUGUGUUCAACAUUAAUCUAAAAAAGAAAUUGCUCAUCUUUUGUUUGCCCAUAUGAGAAGAUGGAAUGAAUUCCAUUCAUUCAUAAUAAGAAAACUAUGGUUAGGAUUAGAUGUUAGCGGUCAAAGUUCAAGGUCAGUAUGAUCACAAGUCCAUUCAAUCUUUUUUUAUGAAAUUGAUCAUUUAACAGCAAACGCCUCAGAUUUUACAAGAUGAGCUGAUCGGGAUUCAGUGGUGAGAGGUCAAAGUCACCGUCAAUGUGACUCGUUUCCAAAAAAUGACUUCUUUUUGCAAUUCAUGGACACAAGUUGAAUAUUGAAAUGCCGACACUUCCUGUCACAAACUGCACUAAAGUACAUUCUCUUCUCUUAGUCUCUAGAAACAUAAUGAACACAGUUGUGCAUGUUAACAAAUUCAGAAUAGAUUCAAGGCCGUAAGUUUAGAUUGAAACAGAUGUCGGUGUGCACUACAGAGGAAAUCUAAACUGUAUAAACCUGUGUACAAUUUGUCCUAUAGAUUGUGCUCCUUUUUUUUUUCUUUUGACCAAGGAGACAUUAAAUCUGCAAUAGUUCAAGAAUAAUUUCCAACCCAAUGGAUGUGUGAUGUGUGAAAUGUGCAUUUUAUCAAGAAAACUGUCUAGUAAGCAAGGUCUACGAGGCUUGGUCACCUAUGGACCCUGCAUCAGCUCUAUAUAGAAAGCCCCAGGCCAUAAAUGAAAUGUAUCUAAAUUAUAUACAGAUCUUUGUAGUGUCAACAUUUUUUUUGUUUGCCGAUAACAAUAAACACUUGACAACAUCAA